UGCAAAAUAAUAGUAGUUCUACCAUCACACGUUCCUAGUGACAACGGAACGUACUAAUCUGCAAGUGUUUACGAAAGGUAAUCGCUGUAAGAGAUGCAGCCAGUAGUUUACACUAUGGCCCUAAUUCUGCAAUGCUGCUCAAGAAGCGUACAAAAGAAGGACGAAUUCUUUGAUGUGUUGGCUGGUACCGAUUGAUCCAUAACACGGACUUGAGGCUGCGUGUAGUUUCGCUGAUAUGCCUUUGUACACAAUUUCAUGUGCUUUUGUAAAAAGUGUUACGGGUGGAUGAACAUGUUGACCAACCCCCACACGUCAUUCGAAAAGGCAAUCAACCCCUCUAAGCCAGACACAUCAAAGAACAUCCAAAUCACAUUUUCUCAUGGUACGUUUUAGCCAGAGUUCAUCACCCUUGGAUGAAACGAAGAAUCACAGAGGAAAUUCACGUCGCACGCUUCCAUCCCGAACUUAACAAACAAGUCUAGUUUAUGUGGAGAAGAAAAGGUAACGCACUUUUGGGGAUAAAAAACGUUAAGUUUUGACCUAAACGAUUGCGUUACGAGCCCGUGUAUAAUGUGAUAGCUCCCAGUGGCAACAAGCAGAUCAUUCCUACGAGAUCGCGUGCAUUUCUAUCCAGUGGACGCUCGACUUUGGUGAGUAGCGUAGCAAAUGGAUCCCUCUACUUUUGGCAGGUGCGGAUCCAUACCGGUUUCCAUCGUUUUCGCCAAUCGGUGAAAUUUCUCAGAAUGAUUCAGAAACCCAAGAAAGGGAACUUAAGGGAGUUAAAAUCCAAAACAUUUCCUGAAAGAGCAUGGCCCCGGACUAAAUGCUUUUGCCUUCGGCACUCGUUCUUGCCGAACUCCUGUAGAUCCGCGCCUGUUUCGCAAUGGCACUAACCACGGACCAGGUUUUCGAGAAGAUUGGCAGCUUUGGACGCUACCAAAUCGUCCUCAACAUAUUUUUUAACUUGUGUUUCGGAUUGUGGUGGGGCGUUCCAAUUAUGGUUAUGGUUUUUAUUGCGUCCGAGCCCAGCUGGAAGUGUAAAAAUAACUCCACUUGCCCCUUCACGAAAAGAAUUAGCAUCAGAGACGUCGACGAUUACAAAUUCAGAUGUAAAAUUCCCAGGGAAGAUUGGGAGUACGUUGAUGACUUCACUUCAGUUGUCACUGAGUUUGACCUUUUCUGUGACCGAGGUUCGCUGGGAUUCGUCUCAACGUCUGUGUUUUUCGUGGGGUUCUUUGUUGGCAGUAUUGUUGUGAGUCCGCUCUCUGACAAGUUUGGCAGGAAACGCCCACUCUUCAUAUGUGGAUUUUUCUGCUGGUUAUUUAGUUUUGUUUCCGCUUUCGCUCCAGCAUUUUGGUUUUUUGCUCUUUGUCGCGCCAUCGUGGGUUUUAUGGUUGGAGCUUACCAUAUCGCAGUGUUCGUGUUGGCAACAGAGUUUUCUGGAAUACGCCAUCGGGGUAUCGCGGGAGCUCUUGUUUGGCUUGGGAUUCCUUUGGCAACCAUAGUUUUAUCAGGGUGUGCACAUGCCAUCAGAGAAUGGAGACUGCUCACCAUUGUCACUGGAGCUCCUGGGAUUCUACUUGUAGCCGGCUACUUGUGAGUUAAAAGAGAAAAGGGGUUUUGUUUCUUAACCCUGCAUGAUAAAAAAAAAAAA